UUAAAAGAACCGGUUCAGCGAGACCACCUUCCAGACAGAGAGAAAGGACAGGGCAUUUCUGCCUUUCCCUGGCUAAGAAUCUUCUCCCCACUUACCGGCACCAAAGGAUGUGAUGAUUUAUUCCUAUAACUUUCGUAGUUUGCUGAGGUGGUCUCCUGUGAAAGUGGAUAGAGGCUCGGUGUUAUAUACAGUCCAUUUUAAAACAGGGGCCUUUAACCAGUGGGAUGAGAUGAACUGCACCCGUAUCACCCAGACUGAAUGCGGUUUCCCCUGGUCACUUAAGGAGCGGCGCUGGACUGUUGUUUUGCGCGUGAGGGCUGAGCUAGGGCAAGUGACUUCUGACUGGGUAGAAACAGAUCCAUUUGUGGCAGAGAGAAACACUACUAUAGGGCCCCCUAAAGUGAACAGUGUGACUGUAAGCUCUGACUCGCUUCUCAUUAGUGUCACACCCCCUUUUGGAUCUGAAGCAGGUGAUUUUCUUCAGUAUCAUGUGUCCUACUGGGAGAAUGCAACAUGUACUACUAAAAAAGAGACAAAGAUGAGCAAUACACUAUUCAAAAUCAGAAAUCUAAAGGAAUUGACACUUUAUUGUUUUAGAAUUCACAUAGAAUUGAUGACACAUUCAGAUCUCCACUUACACGGACUGCAAAGUGUCCCAGAGUGUUACAGAACUACAAUCAGUGAGGCAACCAGAGCUGGAUAUAUUGUACUAAUAUUUGUGUUGGUGUUACUUUUUGUAAAUCUGGGAGCAGUUGGUUUGUUUCUUCUGUGGAGACACCACAAAACAAUUAAAUAUUGGUCUCGGCCACCUUUAGAAAUCCCAUCGCACUUUGAAGAGUAUUUGAAAGACCCUAGCAUGCCUGUUUUAGAGCUGUUGGACAACUAUGCCGAGGACGAUCCCCCCGAUUCCUUAUCAUCUGUUGUGUUUUGUGGAGAAGGAAGCCAAGCCUGCGGCAGCGGUUUGGAUGGUCAAGCUCAUUCACGCAGCAUCUCCAGCGACAGCGAAGUAACUGGAGCAGCGCCCUAGUGAGAAUGCCUGUGCCAAGCCUUUGCAGAGGCUCCUGCCCAUGAGCAGCGCUGUGUGGCUACUGGCAGGACAGACGAUGAGCUCUGGACAAAAUGAGGCCACUGACAAAUCCCCAGCGAGAUGUUGCUUCCCGAGAACAGCGCGGACCCUGAGCCUGUGUUUAAAUGGUUUCUGCUGUGCGACAACAGCAAUUGUGUUCUGCCAAAGAGACUUAAAAGGUGGAACGUGAAAGGGAAACGAACACUAAAGACAGACAGAUGGUUAUAAAAUGGUUAUAUUAACAUCAUCAUAUCUCCCACCUCAAAUUGAAAUAAAGCUUUGAGAAAUAAUGGCACUUUAUGGUAGGAUGUAGUACAACCUGGCAUUUCUGUUUUGUUGCCUUAUUUGUGAAGCACGCAACGUGUAUUAUAUCCACCCUGGUAUGCUUUUCUGAAUCAUUGCAGUCUCCUGUGGCAGCUUCUUCCCUCCAGAUAAAAAUGGCAAUCUAAAAAGAAAUUUUAUAGUACUUUACUCUCCUCAGGAUGAACCUGUGCAAAGAACUGCUCCAAGAAAGGCUUCCUAAUAUAUGCCUCCUAACACAUUCAUGAGAAGCAUUAAUCUUCUGCUCCUGCGGUGAGAUAAUUGUUCUUCACAGCAAAACAAACUUAAAAUAAUUUUGCUCAGAAUUUAUAUAACAUGUAUCAGUAAUUAUCAGACACUAAAAUCUCUUGUUGAUUGUCACGUUAGUCCUGCAAAUGAAAAGUUGACUGAGGGUUGUGUUUUGAGUCCCUUGAAGCAGAAGACUACAAGUUAAGCCUCACAUUGCAAUCCUGGUGUCUAAUAAAGCACAAACAACAAAUGAACCA